AUGAACGAGCUUCAUAUGCCGUUGAAAGUUGAUCACAAUAAUUAUUGGGACAGCCUCGUUAAUUACUCCGAUAUCAUUUUGACUGAAAACACAGAGGAGUCAGAUGAUAAGGCUGAAAUCUUUAUGGCAACUAUCGGGAUAGCAGUAAUAUUCUUAGCUGUGUUAGGUAUAAUCACAAAUAUUCUCGUGCUAAUUUUGUCAUUCUGCCAUGUUACUGGAGAUUUUGGGAGCUAUGUUGCAAACCUUGCGAUUGUGGAUAUAGUAUGCGGUAUCGUGUUCGCUUUUAUGGGCUACAUCAAUGUUGACAACAAAUUUUCAUUUGGGUUGAUGACGCACUCGACUUUCGCAUUCUAUGGCUCGUUCGGGGUAAUGGUAUGUGCACUCGUGCCAAUUUCUCUCAGUCGAGUCAUUGCAUUGACCAAGCCGCAUCUAUACAAUUGGUUAUUUUCUGGUCGGCGGUCACUUCUCGUAUGUGUGAUUUUCGACUUGGCGCCGAUCGCACUUUUAUUUAUGAUUCUGGCUGUUGAUCAAGACCAAUCAAAACUCCUUUACUUCACCUAUGCAGGACUCACAGUCCUAUCUUAUAUUGUAGCUUUUCUCUCAAACUACAUGGUUUUUCGAAUAGUGGCUCGACAUAUUCUAGUUGUUCAAAACCUCCGUGACCACGUGCGAUUAUUAGAAACACGACAGAUUGCACUGGCUACGUUCGCUCAAGCAAUAGUCCCUCUUAUAUGCCAGGUACCGGCUUUUCUCACUCUCUCGUCGAUAGUCCUGCUCACAGAGCCGAUGACAAACGGGAUAGUGAUAACCAUCACCCAACUAGGAUUGGCUGCAAAUCCUCUACUUGAUGCUUUGAUAACAAUAAUUGUUAUCAAGCAAUACAGAAAAGAAGCUAUCAUCUGCUUCGCCUCGGUUGGCACAUGUGGACGAAGAACUAGCGCAUUCUUUGACGAAACGAAACCUGUACUAGAAACAAGACUGUGA